AUGAACGCUUCUAAAACUCUUUCAUCAACAUCAAGACUAGGAAACUCCAUGUAUGAGAGUGAGGCCCAGAGACUCCAAAGAGAGGCUGACAACUUCACCAAGAAGUUCGAGCAUGAGAAAAAGCGUCUAAUGAUCUUAGAGGACUAACUCAAGCAGGCCAACGAAGAAUUAAAUGAAAAGAAGGAAAAUAUCAAGGCAAUUCGCCCACCCACAGCCAAGAUGAACAAAGACUCUCACUAGAUUAAGCUAUUCGAGAAUCAGUUAGAGAAGGCCUUGGUCAAGUACAAUGAAUUACAGUCAACUAACAAGAAACUGCGUCAGGAGAUCGAUGUCAUGAGGAAGGAACAGCGCAACCAACUUAGAGUCAACAAGACUCUAGUUAAAGACAUCUCAUUGACAGCUGACGAUGCCAAAAAGUUAAACGUUACAACCUAUCAGGGCCAAAGAAUAUCUGAGGAGACAAACAAUCAAAUCCUUGCUUUGAAAGCCAAGCACGAAGCUGAGAAGUACAACUUCGAGAGAAAGAUCAAGGACUUGCAAGACAAACUCAAGGAGAAGGACGACAGUGAGCUUGAAAGAACCAGAUCUAAGGACAUGGGCGGUACUAAAAAACUAGUGACACAAUAAACUGAGUUCUCAAACCCAGCUGCUCUUCUUAAACUUAGACUUCAAAAGUGGACUACUAACAACAAGGAAAAGAAAAACCUUAUGGAUAUGUACAUCAGAAAUGUCAAGAUUAUUGAAGAUGCUUUCGAUCAAAUCAAAGAAGCCACUGGUAUCUCAUCGACUGAAGAAAUCGUGACCACAUUUAUCAAGGCUGAAGAGCAGAACUAUUCUCUAUACAACUAUGUGAAUAUGUUAAAUUCAGAAAUCGAUAUGAUUGAGGAGCAAAAUAAGAAUAUUGAGAGUGAGAUUAGAAAGCAUGAGGAACUCGGAGAGAUGACUGAGAAGGAAAAGCUCAAUAUGAGAAAGAAUCUUGGAAACGAAAUUGAAGAUAUUAAGUUACAGACCAUCACCAAGGAAAGUCAAAUUCAAGAGAUUGAGCAAUAAAUGUCUAAGAUAAGAGACUAUGUCAGAGAUAUGGUUGACUUCUUCGGAAAGUCUCAGUUCUUCCUCAAUGUUGCUUAACAUAUGCAAUACGACGAGGAUACUCAGUUCAAUGAGAACAAUGUGACACUCUAUCUAGCUGAGCUUGAAGAGUACAUCUCCAUGCUUAUCACCUAUCUCGCCUAUAAAUAAGAGAACCCAGAUGCAGCUAUCUCCUCCCUUUCCCUCGAGAGAAUGGUACAAAAGGAGUUCGAUAAGGGUCCAACCAAUAUUGAAGCACCAAGCAGCAAUGACGUUAAUCUCAACGAGGAUGCAGAGACAGAAGACGAUGUCAUCACUAAUGGAAAAGAUCUCUACAAAAAGUUCGAAGACUUAGUCUACAAGGACCACAUCACCAUUGGAAGUCACAAUAACUCAAUUUCAAAGGGUGGCAUCAGCAUGCUUAAAAACUCAAGACUGGACUGA